CGAGCUGAUCCAAAGCAAAAAGACGCAACAAGACGCGUGCCGCUCGUCCUGCUCCAAAACACUCGGUCCUGCUGAUCUCAGGAAACUUCAGCUGACUUCAGAACAAACCUGCAUCAUGGACUCCGUCUACUCCGACAUCGAGAGCAACAGCUGCGACUUCUUCCCGCACACCGACGAUGAGGAUUCCCGCGCCAGCCUGCGCUCCGCCUCCCCGGACUCCUCUCCGCUGUGCCCGGCGCGCUCCCCGGAGCCCGAGCAGCAGCUGCAGCAGCAGAAGAAGCGGCGCCGCGGACGCGCCAGAAAUGAAGCCACCGUGCAGGUGGUGAAGAAGAACCGGCGCGUAAAGGCCAACGACCGGGAAAGAAACCGCAUGCACAACCUGAACGACGCCCUGGACACGCUGCGCGGCGUCCUGCCGGCCUUCCCGGACGAGACCAAACUAACCAAGAUCGAGACUCUGCGCUUUGCGCACAACUACAUCUGGGCGCUGUCAGAGACCAUCCGCAUCGCCGACCUGCAGGCGGGAAAGACCGGCGACGCUCCUCUGCUGCUGAGCUCCGUGCGUCUCGGAGAGGCCCCGAGUCCCGGCAGCGACGCCUGCUCCUGGAGCUCCAGCGGCUCCUCGUCCUCCUCCUCCCCGUCUUACUGCGCCUCCAGCCCGGGCAGCCCCGCCGGGCCGGAGGACUACAGCUACCUGCAGCAGGACGCUCUGUACGGCUUCCGCAGCUUCGUGCCGGGCAUCUACUGAGCGCCAGGCCGCCGGAGGAGGCCCGCAGCCCCGCGGACUCACAGACCAGAGAAAUGUAGAGACAUAUAACGGAAACAGCGGGA